AUGAAUAAAAGCCAGGAUCAACCUCCUCACGAACUUGAGAACCAGUUCAUAUUGCGCCUGCCUUUGGAACAUGCUUCUACUGUCAGAAAGAUAGUACAUUCUAGAUGCCUCUCUGUGAAGGAUAAAUUGAAAAUUGACUUAUCUCCUGGUAGACGUCAUGCAGUUGUAGAGGUAGAAGAUGUUUCACUAGCUGCUAAGCUGGUCGAUUUGCCUUGCGUUAUUGGAAGCCUGAAAACUCUCGAUAAAAAAACAUUUUAUAAAACAGCAAAUAUUUCGCAGAUGCUUGUAUGUACUGCUGAUGAUGGUUCCCAAUCUUCAGAAGAAUCAUUUACCUCUCCUGAUGUUAAAACAGACAGUAAAAGUGAAAAGGAGACACAGAAAGAAUAUGUCUGGAAGCAUGGCAUUACUCCACCACUUAAGAAUGUCAGAAAGAGACGGUUCCGCAAAACAACCAAAAAGACCAAUGAUACCAAACAAGUGGAAGAAACCAAUUUUACUGAGGAAAAGGGCAUUCCUGCAAAACACAGCCUGUUCAGUGACAGCAUUAAUAUUCCUCCUCUCCCCCCCUUGGCUGAUUAUGUUGACUCUCCUGAUGUGGAGAAGGAAGUGAAAAGACUCCUGUAUUCAGAUGCUGAAGCUGUCAGUGCCCGGUGGGAGGUCAUUGGUGAAGAUGAAACUAAGGAAAUAGAAAGUCAAGGCUCCAUUCGAGGCUUUGCUCUAUCACGGGGAACAAGUGGCCAUAAGCAGAAACAUACCCCACCAUCAGAAUAUAAUAUACUUCAGGAGAUGUUCAGGGAUUCUAGCAGUAAUAGUAGUGAUGAAGAGGAUGAGGAUGAGGAUGAAGAGUAUGUGUAUGACUAUGAUGAAGAGGAAGACGAAAGUUAUGAAGAAGAUAUGGAAAGGAAGCUACAUGCUAAGCUCCUUGAAGCUCGCCAGUAUGGGGGAAAGGAAAUAGCUCGUUCAUUAGUUGUGGAAAUUCAGAAGCAGAUUGGUUACCUGGAGAGAAAGCUCCAAAAUAUUCAGAGCAAAGCACAAAGGCAGAGGAAUGUCAUCAGGAAAGUGGAAAAUCUGACACUCAAGAAUCAUAUAAGGAAUGUGCUGGAGCAGCUGAAAUUACAGGAAAAGCACAAAAGUGAACAGCUCAAGUACCUACGGGAACAAUUGAAAUAUUAUAUGGAGAAGUGAGAAGAGCCUUCAUUCUAGCACAAGCCUCGGAUUCAUCAUUCAGAGUGGAUGAAAUUGUGCAUGUUUUUACUCCUUCAGUUGCUUUAUGUUGAGUUUUAUUUUGUUGCCUUAUGGCGAAUGUACAAGUUAUUUAUUAGAAGUUUGUAACAUGUAGAACGGGGCAGAAUAUAAAAAUCUUGUAGGUUUUUAGGACAAAAGAGCCAACUCAGUGAUGGGACUUUGCUUUCUUUUAUUUUUCCCAGUCAAUUGACAGUUACUUACAUUGCUUUUAUUCUGUGGUCCUAUCAUAUGAUUGAGCCAUGCUUGCUAACCUGAAGGGCAAACCACUGACUUACAUUCGUUUUAACAGUUCCUUUCUUUUUGCAUUCAGUAUGCCCUAAAACAUAGAAGAAAGCAAGUCAUUUCGGCCAAGGGCUAGUACCUGCCCUGGUGAAUUUAAGUGCCUACCUCACAGGUUUAAUGCUAGGUGUGCCUUGUCCAUAUAUCUGGUAACAAGGGCUGUUUUCUGCUUAGGGACGAUUUCUUGCUGCUGCUAUCUUUGUUCUGUUGUGUUUUUAGGACUGAAUGAUUGAUAUUUGUCAGCUAAGGGAACAGUUAGACACAGUAGAAAUUAUAUUCUGAGCUGUUAUUCCAAACUUCUACAUCCUAAAUCCCAUCAGAAAAGUUUAGAAAAAAACAGAU